AUGAAUGAUCUCAGGCCCCUCCCAAUCUGCAAGUGCACGCCGCGCUGUUCGUGUGAUCUAGUGGAUCAGAUCAGAAAGGACCGAGAAAUUGACCAGGUCAUAAGGUUUCUACAGGGGCUCAAUGAGGCAUACAACUCUCUGAAAUUCGGAGUUCUUGUUCUUGAUCCCCUUCCUGAGCUGCACAAGGUGUUGGCAAUGACUGAGAAAUUCGAAAGACAGCUCAAUGUUACCAAUCUCAACAAACUUGGCUUGGAGUUUGCCCAGGCAAACGCAGUUCAGACUCAGACUGAACAAAUCAAUGAACCAAUGGACUCAAUGGCUGCUGCAUUCAACUUCUCUAAUGGCAAAAGGCAUGCAAACUCAAAAGGAGGAAACAAGAAUGUGGCUAAAUGCACUUUUUGCGGGAUGAUUGGACACACCAUCGAGAAGUGUUACAAGAAACACGGAUUCCCUCCGGGUUGGAUACCAGGCUACAAAUCCAAAGGGAAACAAUAUGCUAAUGCCACAACUGCACAAUUAGAACAGAGUUUCACUCCUCAGCAAAUUCAAGGCCUGAUCUCUCUUCUUGAUCGAAAGGGGCACAAACAACAAUCCAAUAGUGCAGCAGUACAUAACCAACAAUCCACCAAUGCAGUAGUUUAUUUAGUUCCCAACUUCAACAGCAUGAAGUCAAACAACGAAGGCAAGUUCUAUGUUCCUACUUACAUUAACAAUGCUUGCUUGACAUCCUCUACUUGGAUUAUAGAUUCAGGAGCUACUGACCAUAUUUUAUGCUCUCUUGAAUUCUUUGAUGAAUAUUCUGCUGUGAAUGGUGCUAUGGUCAAUCUGCCUAAUGGGGCCUGUGGUGCUGUUAAACAUAUGGGAAGUAUACGAUUAAACAAUAAUCUGUGGCUAAGAGAUGCAUUACACAUCCCCUCAUUCAAGUUCAAUAUAAUAUCUGUGAAUAAAUUGCUGAAGAAUUCAUCUCACUCUCUAUUAUUUACGUACGGUCAGUGUCUUCUAGUGGACCAUGGGAAGAUGAUUGGCUUUGCUAAAGAGGAGAAGGGGUUAUACUUGCUCAAUGAUCCACCACCAGCUAGUCUUGAUUCUGAUAAUUGUAAUCAAACUUCUAUGCUUUGUAAUAAUGUUGAACUAUGGCACCAACGCUUGGGGCAUUUUCCCUCAAAUAAAUUGCAUCUUCUUGACAUUUCUGUUCCCAGCACUAAGAACAUGGCUUGUGACAUAUGCCAUCUUGCUAAGCAUUAG